AGAGAGAGAGAGACAGGCUCGAGCCAGGGACAGAGAGAGAGACUGCUGUUCUGUUCAGCACUAGGCUACUGCGCUGCGCGCUUCACUGUUAAUAACCUUCUCAUCCCCUCAUCAUCACCACCAGCAUCACGACCCCUAUACUGGAUGUGCUAAAACCAAAGAGCGUUUUGCUGUAUAUGGGACUUUCUUUUGGAUUAUUGGGAUAUUGUUUGGAUCUACAUAACCUAAAUAAAGUUACGGGAAGUUCUGUAAGGCCGGAAACUGGACUAGAACAUACAGCACAGUGCCACGGGGCGUGGCUACGGAUCUGAAGCCAAGAUGGUCGCCGUCUGUUUUAAUCCUUGCAGUCGCCUCAAAGGAAAAUCAUCGGAUGGGCCUCUGUAUCACUGACAGAACACACUGAGGAUCAGCAUUGUCGAUCCUUAGGUAGGAAGACGGAUAUUUACUCCUUUGCCUCUCUUCUCGGAUUGGAAGACUGGGAUUCGACUGGAGGAUUUUCGUCCUUUAAAAAGCCUCUGGUCUAUAUCACAAUCAAAAGGAUAUUGCGUCAUCUUCUUAAAUAAAACAUUGCACGCGUGGGACCUUCACUACAUUAAAUAUAUCAGUCUUUGAAACAAAAAACACACCUGAUGCUAUUGGCGAUCUAAGGAUCUCUCCCUCUAACAUCUAACCCCAACUGGCACAGUCUACCCUACGUAUUUUUUCUACAAUGAAUCCCUUUAGUCUCUCCCAGCGUGUUCUCCUGCUGCUCAAUACUCUGCUGGGCCUGUGCCAGGGUCUGGAGUUCACAGGCUCCGAGGGUCAGUGGGCUCGGUACGUCCGCUGGGACGCCAGCACCAGAAGUGAGCUCACCUUCCAGUUCAAAACAGCCGCGUCUGACGCCCUGAUCCUCUACUUUGACGAUGGCGGCUACUGCGACUUCCUGCUCCUCACGGUAACAGACGGGAAGCUCCAGCUCUGCUUCAGUGUCGACUGCGCCGAGACCACGGUCACCUCUGACAAAUCGGUCAACGACAGCCGCUGGCAUUUCGCUACAGUCAGCCGACACAACCUCAGAACGGUCCUAGCCCUGGACGGGCAGACCAAGGCGGACGAGGUUCGACCACAGCGCCAGUUCAUGAAGAUCGUCAGCGACCUCUUCCUCGGAGGUGUACCCGGAGACAUCAGGACCUCGGCCAUCACCCUGCCGACAGUUAGAGAGCUGCCACCGUUCAAAGGAGUUAUCACAGACCUGAAUUACGGAAACAAGGUUCCCACGCUGAUCAACAGUCAGAAGGUGCGUCUGGAGAUGAUGGGUCUCUGUACAGAGAACCCGUGUGAGAACGGAGGCCACUGCUCCAUGGCUGAUGGAGAACCGUACUGUGACUGCUCCAAAACUGGAUAUACCGGACGGACCUGCGGUGAAGCAGCCAUUCAGAGGAAACCAGGCUUAGCACAUCUGAAGGCAUCUGAGUCAGGUAGAAACAAAGCGAGAGAAGAGAACGUGGCAACGUUCCGUGGUUCGGAGUACUUCUGCUAUGACCUGUCCCAGAACCCCAUCCAGUCCUCCAGCGAUGAGAUCACAUUGUCCUUCAAGACGUGGCAGAGGAACGGUCUCUUACUCCACACGGGGAAGUCGGCUGACUACGUCAACCUGGCCCUAAAAGAUGGAGCGGUGAGCCUGGUCAUCAACCUGGGCUCGGGGGCCUUCGAGGCCAUCGUGGAGCCCGUCAACGGAAAGUUCAACGACAAUGGCUGGCACGACAUCAAGGUCACACGCAACCUCAGACAGCAAUCAGGCAUGGGACACGCUAUGGUGACUAUCUCCGUGGAUGGGAUCCUCACCACGACAGGGUAUACCCAGGAAGACUACACCAUGCUGGGGUCUGAUGACUUCUUCUACGUGGGUGGGAGUCCUAGUACGGCUGAUCUACCUGGUUCUCCCGUCAGCAACAACUUCAUGGGCUGCCUGAAAGAGGUGGUCUACAAGAAUAACGACAUCCGUCUGGAGCUCUCCCGUCUGGCCCGCAUCGUAGACCCCAAGAUGAAGCUCCAGGGUGACGUGGUGUUUAAGUGUGAGAACGUGGCCACCCUGGACCCUAUCAACUUCGAGAGCCCUGACUCCUACCUCAGCCUCCCCAAGUGGAACACCAAGAGAAUGGGUUCUAUCUCCUUCGACUUCAGGACCUCCGAGCCCAACGGACUCAUCCUGUUCACCCACGGCAAGGCCCAGGACCGGCAGGACGCAGCAGGGAAGAAGAACAACAAAGUAGACUUCUUUGCUGUAGAGCUGCUGGAUGGAGGGCUGUAUCUGCUGCUGGACAUGGGCUCAGGCACUAUCAAGGUCAAAGCCACCCAGAACAAGGUCAAUGAUGGAGCCUGGCACCACGUGGACAUACAGAGGGAUGGACGCUCAGGCAUCAUCUCAGUGGACAAUCGUCGUACUCCGUUCACGGCCAGCGGAGAGAACGAGAUCUUAGACCUGGAGGGAGACCUCUACCUGGGUGGUCUCCCUGACAACCGCGUAGGCCUGGUGUUACCUACCGAACUGUGGACGGCCAUGUUGAACUACGGCUACGUGGGCUGCAUCCGGGACCUCUUCAUAGACGGCCGCUCCAAAAACAUUCGGGCCAUCUCGGAGUCUCAGAACACCACAGGCAUCAGGCCCACCUGCAGUAAAGUCACGGGGAAACAGUGUGAUAGCAAUCCCUGUAAGAAUAACGGAGUAUGUAAGGAAGGAUGGAACCGGUUUAUCUGUGACUGCACCGGGACUGGGUUCUGGGCCGGCACGUGUGAGAGAGAGGCGUCCAUCCUGAGCUACGACGGCAGCAUGUAUAUGAAAGUGGUGAUGCCAAGCGUGAUGCACACUGAGGCAGAGGACGUCUCCCUCCGCUUCAAGUCCCAGCGUGCAUUUGGGCUCCUAAUGGCCGCUACCUCCCGGGACUCCGCUGACACACUCCGUCUCGAGCUGGACAGCGGCCGCGUCAAACUCACGGUCAACCUAGACUGUGUCAGGAUAAACUGUAACACCAGCAAGGGACCAGAGACUCUAUAUGCUGGACAAAAGCUCAAUGAUAAUGACUGGCACUCUGUCAGAGUGGUCCGACGCGGUAAAAACUUCAAACUGACGGUCGACGAAGACAUGGCUGAAGGCCAGAUGGCAGGUGACCACACUCGUCUGGAGUUCCACAAUGUGGAGACAGGGAUUCUGACAGAGAGACGUUUCGUCUCCUCCUCCCCCUCCUCCUUCAUUGGACACCUGCAGGGCCUGAAGUUCAACGGCAUGUUCUACAUUGACAUGUGUAAGAACGGAGACAUCGACUUCUGCGAGCUCAACGCCCGCUUCGGCAUGCGCUCCAUCAUCGCCGACCCGGUGACCUUCAAGUCCAAGGGCAGCUACCUGGGGCUGGCCACCUUGCAGGCCUACACCACCAUGCACCUGUUCUUCCAGUUUAAAACCACCUCCCCGGACGGCUUCAUACUGUUCAACAGCGGAGACGGAAACGACUUUAUCGCUGUUGAGCUGGUCAAAGGGUUUGUCCACUAUGUGUUUGACCUGGGGAACGGUCCCAGUCUGUUGAAGGGGAACAGUGACAGUGCCCUGAAUGACAACCAGUGGCACAACGUAGUUAUCACCAGGGACGCCACCAACACACACACCCUCAAGGUGGACACCAAGUCCGUCACACAGAACGUCAACGGAGCCAAGAACCUCGACCUCAAAGGGGAUCUGUUUGUGGCAGGGCUGGGGCCUAACAUGUACCAGAACCUUCCUAAACUGGUGGUCUCUAGGGAAGGUUUCCAGGGUUGUCUGGCGUCUGUAGAUCUGAAUGGCCGCCUGCCUGACCUCAUCAACGACGCCCUGUUCCGCUCCGGACAGAUCGAACGCGGAUGUGAAGUUGGUUUCACCAAAGCCGACCUGCAAGGACCCAGCACUACCUGUCAGGAAGACUCCUGUGCCAACAUGGGCGUUUGUAUUCAACAGUGGGAGAACUUCACCUGCGACUGCACCAUGACAUCUUACACAGGGACACAGUGCAACGACCCUGGUACCACCUAUAUCUUCGGUAAGGGAGGGGGCCUGAUCACGUACACGUGGCCUAACAACGAGAGGCCCAGCACGCGUACCGACCGCCUGGCUGUGGGCUUCAGCACCACCAUCAAGGACGGCAUCCUGGUCCGCAUCGACAGCGCGCCGCGACUCGGUGACUACAUCAUGCUACACAUCACGGAAGGCAAGGUGGGCGUGACCUUCAACAUUGGUACGUCAGACAUCAGUGUGAAGGAGGUAACCAUGACGAUCAACGACGGGAAGUACCACCUGGUGCGCUUCACCAGGAAUGGGGGCAACGCCACUCUGCAGGUGGACAACUGGCCAAUCAACGAACACUUCCCCACAGGACCAAGCGAUGUUGAGCGCUAUCAAAUGGCUAAUAAGAAAAUCCCAUUCAAUUAUAAGAGGCCGGUAGAAGAUUGGCUACAGGAGAAAGGCCGGCAGCUCACCAUCUUCAACACCCAGGCUACCAUCUCUAUAGGCGGUAAUGACCGUAAACGUCCCUACCAGGGACAGCUGUCUGGUCUCUACUACAACGGCCUCAAGGUCCUCAACAUGGCUGCCGAAGGCCACGCCAACAUCAAGGUGAACGGGAGCGUGCGAUUGGUGGGGGAUGUACCCACCAGUAGGGGCGCUGCCCGCACCACCACCUCCGUGCCACCUGAGAUGUCCACCACCUUCAUAGAGACCACCACCACUCUGUCUACGACCACCACAAGGAAACAGCGCUCUCCACCCACCAUUCAGCAGACGACAGAUGACAUAGUAUCGUCGGCGGAGUGUUCCAGCGACGACGAGGAUCUGGAGGAGUGUGAUUCCGGACACGCAGGAGGGGAGCUAGUCAUCCCCGUACUUGUAGAGGAUCCCAUAGACAUCCCUCCUGUCUCCACCCAUUCUCCUUUCAUCCCCCUCCCCCCAACCCUCCGCCCCGUCUUCACCAUUAUCGAGGCCACCAAAGAGUCCCUGCCCAUGGCCACUGAGGCGGGGGUACCUUGCUUGUCGGACCGAGGCAGCGAUGAUUGUGAUGAUGGUCUUGAUGAUGGUGGUGGUGAUGAUGAUGAUGAUGAUGAUGAUGGAAUGGUGAUAUCGGGGUUUGGCUCUGGCGAAGCUUUCGACUCUAGCCUGCCCCCCACUGACGAUGAAGAUUUUUACACCACCUUCUCCCUGGUAACAGAUAAGAUCUUGACCACGUCGGCCUAUGAAGGUGGCUACAAAGCUCUCGCGCCCAAGUGGGAGGCCAAGGACUUGAGGCCUAGCAAAGCCUCAGAGGCGGGUAGGACUACACCCACCCCGCCUCUACCCAACCUCGGGGGCACUGUAGCGGAGGCGUCCCUCCCCUCGGAUGGCACGCCGCCCAAACUGCCCGCCGGGAAAAUGGACAACCGCGAGGUGAUCAAACCCCUACAGCCGGACAUUGUCCUGCUGCCUCUGCCGACCGCGUCCUUCGACCUGGACGGCACCAAGCCCCGCGGGCCCCUCAUCACCUCGCCCAUGCUACGCACGGUGCCUGCCACGUUACCCACCGUACCCGUCGUAAGGCGGGUGCCCCCGGGGGCCUCGGAGGUGAUACGAGAAUCCAGCAGCACAACAGGCAUGGUGGUGGGCAUCGUCUCGGCCGCGGCACUCUGCAUCCUCAUCCUCCUCUACGCCAUGUACAAGUACAGGAACAGAGACGAAGGCUCCUACCAGGUAGACGAGACACGGAAUUACAUCAGCAACUCGGCACAGACCAACGGCGCCGUGGUGAAAGAUAAAACGCCCAGUGGGGGCAGUGGUGCCAAGGGAGCCAGCAGCAAGAGACCGAAAGACAAGGACAAGGAAUACUAUGUAUAGAAAAAAAUCAACCAUUCCCAAUGCAAACAAAAAAAUAUAAAAAAACUGUUUGGAGAAAAUAGGAAUAAACGCUUGACAGUACCAUAUUGGGAGCUGUAAUUCAAAAAGGAAAACAAAAUCUGCUCAUGAGAACUCAAAGUGAAUGAGUCCAAGUUUAAACAUUUUCAAAUGUACUGUGACCUAAAAGCACACUAUGGUAAGCAUACAGAGAAACAGGCUGAUAGGGACACUACUAUAAGAGACCUUGUUGUGACGAGAUGACGGAGCUCUGUCCGGAGUCGUUGCCAGAGGUUUGGCAGUGUAAGAUACUUCACUGUUACUUCGCUAUCCCUCCCAAGUGACUGUCAGAGAUGUGUGAUCCUUGGCGUAAACAACCUUGUCCAUUGUAACCCUGUAAAAUAACAAAACAAACAACCAUAAUUUCGGCCAUUCUGAGCAUGCAUGUGAGAUGUAUGUGACGUGGUGCUGGCAUCUGUGUGAGGGACCUGAAGAUAAGAACGAUUGGUCAGUUAAAGAUAAAGUUUGAAAGACAAAACAUAAUUAGCAUAAAAUAUUUCCAUUUCUAUGCCUAGCAUUGGUAUAAGGGAAGGUAUGUGUGUAGUAGCUAAGGUGUAUUUAUUCCGCCCUAUGCUUUUUGAGGGAUGAGACAUUGUCAGGGCUGACCAGUCAAUGCUCAAUGAAUGGUAGUGCAGUAAUGUAUCUCCAUUUUGUUUUUACCUUUUUUCCCCACCGGUCUCAAAUAAGGAUUUGAAAUCUACAGUAUGCAUGACAUCCACAAUCAAGAGGGUAUUCAACCGUACUAGAGUGGAUGCAGCAGGCAAAAUGCUAUGUUUUUUUAAUUAUAUAUUUUACAGAACAUUAGAUCCCUGAUAGCAUUUUUAUUUCAGUUAAUUUCGUUUUCCAUAGAACACUGAUUCAGUUAUUUGUUACAUUCUGUUUGUCCCAUUUUUCAGUGUGUCGGAGGUUUAUUCAAAGUCAUGAUGUCUGAGAGAUUUUUGGUACAAUAUUGAAAACAAUGUGGCUAAAGAAGACUUAACCAAUGUGAAAAAGUUUAGAAUUAUUUUCUGUUGUCACAGUCAACUGUGUCAAAACAACAAAUAUGUUUACAUAUGUUAUUGCAUCAUAGCCGUCGUCCUUUGCAGGUCAAUAUUGUACAUAACCUUUGAUUUUUUUUUGUAUUGUACAGACAGAUCAUUUGAGCUGAUUUAUUUUCUUGGUGUACUACAAUCCAUUACAAAAAUCUAACCUUUUUUUGAUGUUGAGAAAGUGAUUAUUGGAGAAAGACUGGAGAAAGCGAUGCUGUACUUGCAUUUUGUUUGUAAGGAGAGGAGGAAAAUGUUGAUAAGUUAGAAAAUCUAGUAUUUUUGGAUGGUGUUUCUAAAACGCAUGAAUAUUUGACCAAUGGGAGGAAUCAAUCGAUAUUGUACUAGGGCCUCCUGAUUUUGGAUUACGUUGAUAGUUUAUUUGUUUUUGUUUUUUUUACAUAAAAACAGUGAAGAGAAACCUGAUAAUAAAGAAAGAAUCUGGUGGAUUUUUGAGACCCAGUACUGGCACCUUACUAAGAUACAGGAUUAUGUUUUUUUUUACUGUGAUGUCUAUGUUCCUUCCUUUCGGUUUUUGCUGUUCUUUUAUGUUUAUGUUUCUCCUCUUAUUGUGCAGUUUUCAUUUGAAGUCCUAUCAUUUUUAUGACAGUUUGGGCUGGCAGUACAUUUUUUGUAUUUAUUUAUUACUUAAUAUAUUUGAUUGUGUCUUGUUCAGUUCGCAUUCUAAGCAAAUCUCAAGUUGUUGUGCACAUUCAUUUUGAUUUUGUGUUGUUAUUACUGCUUUUCAACCCAUUAAUAAAUCCCAGCAAUAAAAUGUUCUUCCCCAAGU